CAGUCCCCCACACAGCGAGCGAUCAGACAGGAAUCUCAGGACAACUUGGAUUUGCUUGUCUUCCCAUUUCCUUCUGCUGAUAAAAUAAUACGGAGGAACCCCGGUGUUUUACUGGCGCGACCUGCUUGUUUUAAGUGACGCCCUGAACGUUUCAACUGGUGUCUGGACGCGGACACGAUGCAAUCAGGAUUGUGGACACAGCUCGGGCGAUCUGGAUCGAUUUCACAAUGAGAUUUCAUUUUUUUUAUUCUUCUCCACUCUGAGCCCGGCUGCUGUGGAUGUAACAGCCUCCGCGAAGUGAAGUGCUGUACAGCUCAAGCGCUUUAUUCCUUGAAACUUUUGUAGCUUAACACGUGACGAUGAAUGAACGUAAAGGAUCACGAGAACAUGGUUUUCUAUGAGGCCACCUUGAUUUUUCAUCUCCCAAAACGCAGCGCUCCCAGUACACUCCGACGCUGAGCUGUGGUUUUGGAUGAAGUGUGUGUCUUGUGAUGCGUCUCCCCUCCACUGCCACUGACACCAGUUUGGAUUUACCCUUUUGGAUCUGUGCGUUUCCAGAAUGCCGCGCUUCGCCGAAGAUCUCCCCAGCCGCUAUGGAGGAAACGCCGGCGGCGGAGGGAGAGGCGGACCGGGCGCCGGCAGAGGGGGAGCCCGGGGUGGCGGCGCUCCGGGCGGCCAGAGGGUGUACAAGCAGUCGAUGGCCCAGAGAGCCCGGACAAUGGCCAUUUACAACCCCAACCCUGUCAAACAAAACUGCCUCACAGUCAACCGCUCCCUCUUCAUCUUCCGCGAGGACAACCUCAUCAGGAAGUACGCAAAGCGAAUAACGGAGUGGCCUCCAUUCGAGUACAUGAUCCUCGCAACAAUUAUCGCCAACUGCAUCGUCUUGGCCCUGGAGCAGCAUCUGCCCGCCAGCGACAAGACACCCAUGUCGGAACGCUUGGACGACACAGAGCCCUACUUUAUUGGAAUAUUCUGUUUCGAGGCAGCCAUUAAGAUCAUCGCCCUGGGCUUUGCUUUUCACAAAGGCUCCUACCUCCGCAACGGCUGGAAUGUAAUGGACUUCGUGGUCGUCCUCACAGGAAUCCUGGCCACGGUGGGUUCGGACUUUGAUCUGCGAACACUGCGAGCAGUGAGAGUGCUGAGGCCCCUGAAACUUGUGUCAGGAAUCCCCAGUCUCCAGGUGGUACUGAAAUCCAUCAUGAAAGCCAUGGUGCCUCUGCUCCAGAUCGGCCUGCUGCUUUUCUUCGCCAUCGUGAUGUUUGCCAUCAUCGGGGUGGAGUUUUACAUGGGCAAAUUCCACACCACCUGCUUCAAGAAUGAGACCGGUGAGCAAGCAGCACACUGGCCUUGUGGUCUGGAGCCUCCGGCGAGGUUGUGUCCCGAAGGGACCCAGUGCAGAAAGUACUGGACUGGACCCAACUUUGGCAUCACCAACUUUGACAACAUCCUGUUUGCCGUGCUUACCGUGUUCCAGUGCAUCACCAUGGAGGGAUGGGUGGACAUCCUCUACAGCACCAAUGAUGUAGCAGGAAACACCUGGAACUGGCUCUACUUCAUCCCUCUCAUCAUCAUUGGCUCCUUCUUCAUGCUCAACCUGGUGCUCGGUGUCCUCUCCGGAGAAUUUGCCAAAGAAAGAGAGCGUGUGGAGAAGAGGCAGGAGUUCCUGAAGCUCCGGAGGCAGCAGCAGAUCGAGAGAGAGCUCACCGGCUACUUGGAGUGGAUCUGCAAAGCAGAGGAGGUGUUGCUGGAGGAGGAGGAUGAGAUUGCAGAGGAGAAGUCCCCGCUGGACGGUGCUUGGUACAAGAGGAAACAAAACCUUCCAGUCCUGAAACGAGGCAAAGUGAAGAAAGGUAGAAACGACCUGAUCGGCGCUGAGGAGGGCGAGGAUCCUUUUGCAGACAUCUCCUCCGUUCCUCCCCCCGGCUCUCCGUUUGGUCGGGCUAGCAUGAAGAGCGGCGGUAAGAUGGAUAGCUCCUCUUACUUCCGGCGUAAGGAGAAAAGGACGCGUUUCUUCAUCCGCCGCAUGGUGAAAGCUCCGAGCUUCUACUGGAUCGUCCUGUGCCUGGUGGGCCUCAACACUCUUUGUGUGGCCAUAGUCCACUAUGACCAACCCGAUUGGCUCACAACAGCCCUCUACACGGCCGAGAUUGUGUUCCUGGGUUUGUUUCUGACGGAGAUGUCGUUGAAGAUGUAUGGCCUCGGAGCGAGGAAUUAUUUCCACUCAUCCUUUAACUGCUUUGAUUUUGGGGUGAUUGUGGGAAGUAUUUGUGAGGUGAUCUGGGACAUGAUUAAACCUGGGGCCUCAUUUGGAAUCAGUGUACUGAGAGCUCUGCGACUACUCCGGAUAUUCAAAGUCACCAAAUAUUGGAACUCGUUAAGGAACCUUGUGGUGUCCCUUCUCAAUUCCAUGAAGUCCAUUAUCAGCUUGCUCUUCCUCCUCUUCCUCUUCAUCGUGGUCUUUGCCCUGCUGGGCAUGCAGCUCUUCGGAGGACAGUUUAACUUUGAAGAUGAGACGCCAACAACAAACUUUGAUACCUUCCCAGCAGCCAUCCUCACUGUGUUCCAGAUACUUACUGGCGAGGACUGGAACGCCGUGAUGUACCACGGGAUCGAGUCUCAAGGCGGCGUUCGCCGAGGCAUGUUCUCCUCCGUCUACUUCAUCGUCCUCACGCUCUUCGGGAACUACACCCUCCUGAAUGUCUUCUUGGCUAUUGCUGUGGAUAACCUCGCUAAUGCACAGGAGCUGACUAAGGAUGAAGAGGAGCAGGAGGAGGCCGCCAAUAAGAAGCUCGCCCUGCAGAAGGCUUUGGAGGUGAAAGAAGUCAGCCCGAUAUCUGCAGCCAACAUCUCAAUCACGGCUUUUGUAAAGCAAAAUCGAGAUGCACUCUCUCGCAGGUCGUCCAUCAACAGCAUUCAGUCACAUAAAGAGCAGCAGCGCUCAGCUAAGGCCAUGUCAGUGUGGGAGCAGAGGACCAACCAGCUGAGGAGACACAACAUAAGGACAAGCAGCGAGGCUUUGUUCAACGAGCUCGACCCGGAGGAACGCCUCCAGAAGUCCUCCACGCUCCAUCUGCACCCGGACAUGAAGACUCACCUGGACCGGCCGCUCGUGGUGGAGGCCAAGAACGGCGACAAACCCAGCAGGUCUCCCGAAGCGCCACGGGAGGAAGCCGGCAACCCCCGGCAAGACGGGGUGGGAGACAACUUCCACUCGCACCCCAGGAAGCACCACCGGCACCGCGACAGGAACGGGGAGAGAGGGGAUGGGGGCGAAGCCCGCGGCGGGAGGCACCACACCCAUCACAGCCGGAGCAGAGACCACAACGGCGACGGUGCCCAGGUGAGGGACAGGAGACGGGACAGCGGCAACGGCCGCGACGGAGGCCCGGGACAGCGGCACCACCAGCAGGCCGGCUCCCCCGAGGAAGAGGCCAAGGACGGUCGGGCAGGGGGAGAAGAGAGGGGGCACCGCCACCAUCACUCCCAUCGUGCACCAAGAGAGGGAAACGGGCUGGUGGCCAACGGUGCGCAGGGAGAGCGGAGGGGUGGAGGAGGAGGAGGAGGAGGAGGAGGAGGGGGGGGAGACAGUAAUGGAGAGAGAAAGGGGCGCUGCUCUCGUAUGGUCAGAGCUCAGUCCACUCUGGAUGGAGACGACUGUAAGAGGAACAAGAAUGGAGCCAAAGGUCACAGGGACAGGCAGACGGAUUCGGAGGAGGACGGCCUCGCCUCCAGUCCUCUGCAGCCGAUGCGGAGUGGCCGGAGUCUGGGAGAAAAGCAAGAGGAUGCCGACAACCAGAAGAACUCCACCAGGGCCAGCCAGGCGGGCCUCAACAGCAACGCCAUCAUCAUCCCUGUCACCGUCACUUGCCCGCCCGGAGACACCACCAUCAUACCUGUGAACAACAUUGAUUGCGACAACUUUGGACUCAGUGAGGAGAAGAAAGACCUGGAGGAUGAGGAGGACGACGCAGCUAAUGGGCCUCGGCAGAUCCUUCCCUACAGCUCCAUGUUCAUCUUCGGGCAAACAAACCCUGUGCGGCGGCUGUGUCACUACGUGGUCAACCUGCGCUACUUUGAAAUGUGCAUCCUGAUGGUCAUCACCAUGAGCAGCAUCGCCCUGGCAGCCGAGGACCCAGUGCAAGCUAACGCGCCGCGCAACAACAUUCUCAAGUAUCUGGACUAUGUCUUUACUGGGGUCUUCACUUUUGAGAUGGUGAUUAAGAUGAUUGACUUGGGACUGCUUCUCCAUCCUGGCGCUUAUUUCCGUGACCUGUGGAACAUUCUGGACUUCAUUGUGGUCAGCGGAGCUCUGGUGGCCUUUGCCUGCUCAGGGACGAAGGGCAAGGACAUCAACACCAUCAAGUCCCUGAGGGUCCUCCGAGUCCUGCGGCCGCUCAAGACCAUUAAACGGCUUCCCAAGCUGAAGGCGGUGUUCGACUGUGUCGUGAACUCUCUGAAGAACGUUCUCAACAUCCUCAUCGUCUACAUGCUCUUCAUGUUCAUCUUCGCUGUUAUCGCUGUUCAGCUCUUCAAGGGCAAAUUCUUCUACUGCACCGACGAGUCCAAAAGUCUGGAGAAAGACUGCAGGGGUCAGUUCCUGGACUACCACAAGGAUGACGUGGCAGCUCAACCAAGAGAGUGGAAGAAGUACGAUUUCCACUACGACAAUGUUCUCUGGGCCUUCCUCACGCUCUUCACGGUGUCCACUGGGGAGGGCUGGCCGCUGGUCUUGAAGCACUCCGUAGACGCCACUUAUGAGGACAAGGGCCCCAGCCCGGGCUACCGCAUGGAGACAUCCAUCUUCUACGUGGUCUACUUCGUGGUGUUCCCCUUCUUCUUCGUCAACAUAUUUGUGGCUUUGAUCAUCAUCACCUUCCAGGAGCAAGGAGACAAGGCCAUGUCAGAGUGCAGCCUGGAGAAGAAUGAGAGGGCUUGUAUUGACUUUGCCAUCAACGCCAGGCCGCUGACGAGAUACAUGCCGGAGAACAAGCAGUCCUUCCAGUACAGGAUGUGGAAGUUUGUGGUGUCGCCCCCAUUUGAGUACGCCAUCAUGACUUUAAUCGCUCUCAACACAGUCGUGCUGAUGAUGAAGUUCGACGGCGCCCCAGGCCUGUACGAUUCCAUGCUGAAAUACCUGAACAUCGUCUUCACAGCCCUAUUCACGCUGGAGUGCAUCCUUAAGAUUAUUGCCUUCGGCCCACUGAAUUACCUGAAAGCAGCCUGGAAUGUGUUUGACUUUGUGACUGUGCUCGGAAGCAUCACAGACAUCUUGGUCACGGAGAUUAAGGACAAGAUGAUCAACCUGAGCUUCCUGCGACUGUUCAGAGCGGCUCGUCUCAUCAAGCUGCUGCGGCAGGGCUACACCAUCCGCAUCCUGCUGUGGACUUUCGUUCAGUCCUUCAAGGCCCUGCCGUAUGUCUGCCUGCUCAUUGCCAUGCUGUUCUUCAUCUAUGCCAUCAUCGGAAUGCAGGUGUUUGGAAACAUCGACCUGAAUGAGGAGACGGCAAUAAAUCUCCACAACAACUUCCAGACGUUUUUCCAAGCCUUGACUCUUCUCUUCAGGAGUGCGACGGGCGAGGCGUGGCAUGAGAUCAUGUUAGCGUGUCUCAGCAACCGGCCGUGUGAUAUUCACUCGGGAACCGUGGGGAAGGAGUGUGGGAGUGACUUUGCUUACUUCUACUUUGUCUCCUUCAUCUUCCUCUGCUCCUUCCUGAUGUUGAACCUGUUUGUCGCUGUCAUUAUGGACAACUUUGAGUAUCUGACGAGAGACGCCUCCAUCCUGGGGCCGCAUCACCUCGACGAAUUCAUCCGUGUGUGGGCCGAGUACGACCCUGCAGCCUGCGGAAGGAUUUGCUAUCAGGAUAUGUACAAAUUGUUGCGUUUUAUCUCGCCUCCCUUGGGCCUGGGCAAGAAGUGCCCCAACAGGGUGGCUUAUAAGCGCUUGGUGAGGAUGAACAUGCCCAUUGCAGAAGACAGGACGGUGCAGUUCACCUCCACGCUGAUGGCCUUGAUUCGCACCGCCCUGGAUAUCAAACUGGCAUCUGGCGUCCUGGCGCAGCAUUUGUGCGACGCUGACCUGAAGAGGGAGAUACACCGAGUCUGGCCCAGCCUGUCGCAGAAGACUGUCGACCUGCUGGUGACGCCGCCGAAAUACAAUGAGCUGACCGUGGGGAAAGUCUAUGCAGCUCUUAUGAUCUUUGACCACUAUAAGCAGACUUGUGCCAAGAGACUCCAGCAGCAGCAUUCAGGGGGACAACAGAGUAAACUGGGGUCCUUGUUCCGUCCGAUGCUGCCCCUCUCUCACAUACAGGAAGUAGAGCCACCGAUCUGCAGCCCCAAACGGCCUCUCUCACCUCAGCCUGAGCCCGAAGUCAAGCCUGAAUUACUGCCCACCACCAGCCUCACCUCGGUCAACAGGGAUUCACUACUAAACCAGAGAAGUGCCAUCAAACAUUCCCAGUCCGGUGAUGUCUCUCAGGCUGCACAACAGAGGCCCAAAGCCCGGAGGAAACUACAGAGAGGCCAGUCGGAGGACGUGCCGUACUCCACCAGACCUCAGGAGUUUGUUGAACUGAAGCAGGUGGAGAACCUAUCCGACUCAGAGGAAUAUCCGAGCCUGGAAGGCCACAGCAGAGCGGCUUCUCUGCCCCGACUCAACGCUGAGUACUACCGGAGCCACCCUCGCCACGUCCCUGGGACCCACCUGGCACCGAUCGUUGACCUCAGUCCCAUCCGGCGCUCGGCAUCCUCGGUGGCGCCGCAGCGCUACCAGGAGGCCGGCCUGUCCGAGUAUGACCUGGAACGGCCCGGCUUGGCCCAAGUCGAGGGCCAGGACAGGGCCCACCACCAUCACCACCACCACCGCUGCCAUAGACGGAGGGACAAGGACAAGAAGCAAACGUUCCUGGACAGAGCUGAGUCAAUGCAGCCGUCCAGCACUGUUGACUCGUUCACCGACCCUUCGGCCGAAGGCCUGUCCAGAGAGCGGGCGAGGGAGCGGGACCGCGGGCGGCCUCACGAGCGGAGGCACCACUCCUCGGCGGGGGAGAAGCAGCGCUACUACUCCUGCGAGCGCUACGGCAGCAGGGAGCAGUGUCACACCAAGUCCGCGGGGCCCAGCCGCUCCACGUCUCCUGGGGAGGGGCAGGACGCCGUUUUCGUCAAACAGCACGGUAGCAGCGUGGUCCUAGCUGGCCCUGGAACGCUCCCCUCUGGUUCAAGCACUCCAGGCCGCGGUCGCAGGCAGCUCCCACAGACGCCCCUCACCCCUCGGCCCGCCGUGUCCUACAAGACCGCCAACUCCUCGCCGCUGCAGCCCGGGGCCGCCGCCGCGACGGGGCACCACACCCGCUGCAGCCGCGGCCUUUCAGAGCACGAGCGCCUACACUGGGGCACCGACGAGUCCCCGGUACCCGUCACCCGCAUCGGUUCGGACCCCAAUUUGAGCCGUCAGUCGCAGGUGGCCUCCCAAGAGGCCCUCCACGGAGAGGACUUCCAGGACACUGUGAGCAGCCAUGGAAGGGGACGCGCCGCCAGAACCGCUGCCUCCAGCACGGCCUCAACUUCCCACGGAGCCGCCGCUUCGCCUGCCGCCGCCGCCGCGCAGGGGAGGGCGGGCGCGGUCCCAAACGGGUUCCACUUCACCCUCGGGGUCAACUCUGCGUCCGGGCCUGGGGGCCGAGGAACGGGAAGUCUCAGGGAGAGGGAAGAGGAGGACUGGUGCUAACCGGGGGCUGAGAGGCUCGUGUCGGGUCCAACGAGCCGAAGAGAACCCAAGGAAAUGUAUGGAGGAAAAAGCCACUGGAAGGUGUUGUAAAAGAGGAUCAGAAAUCAUUCAAGCUUUGCAGUGUCACUCUACUUUUUUAUACAACAAUGUUUUGAGAAACGAAGUACACUGAUGACUUUCUGCCCCCUUUACUUGCACUGAAAUCAUAGCACCUGUGAAGACCCUUAAGUAUUCUGCCUUGGCCAGUAAAAUGAGUGAUGGAGCAGAAGAUAGAAGCCAGGAGGGGGGUUUCAGACUGAUGCCUCUUUACUGCGGUUAACACGGCUGCUCGUGACACUGUUCUCAUUUUUGUAUGUUUCAUUUUGUUUGUAGUUGCCGUGUGGGUGAGAUAAGAGUUUCAACUUGAUUGUGUUGAUGCUUUUGCCAAAUUAUCUUUUCUUCAUCGGCUUUUACUUUGGGGUAUUCUCCAAUUUUGGGCCGAAGUAAAUUAUUAGAAACUAUUUUAUGAACGUCUUAAAGAGAUACAAUGAGUUAUGUGACUGCUAGAAAACAAAGGAAGGGGUUGGAAUGGAACUAGAGCCCAGUUUCCAUGAUCACUUUUUUUGUAAAUUGUACCAUGUGUACAUUUUUGGGGUUCUGACGUCAUGUGGCUGAAUACUAAGUGCCUCGUUUUCCAAGAUGUAUUAAGAUGCAGCCUGGUCAGAUGGACUUGAAUAUAUAUAUAUAUGAAUAUAUAUAGUAGGAGAUGUAAGUAUUUACGGCUGAGAAAAGGUGUAGAGAACAAAGUUUGAAUUUGGUAUAAUGGACAGAAUGCAAAAAAAAACUUUUGUACUGAAUCUUGUUGUAGGUGUGUCAGAAUUACAGAUCCAAACUAAGCAAUGUAGUGCAUGCCGGGGUCUUGAACUUCAAAAAAAAUAGUGUCUGUACUUUUGCUUAGGGGUGUGUGGUAAGCAUUUGCCUUUCUCUUUCAAAUAUACUGCCAAACAGUUGGUAGAAAUGGUUUCUGAAUGCAGAAAAGUGCCAUUUUUUUUAUUUCUAAUCAACAAAAGUUCUGCCUCCUCAAGUGUACAUGUCAUCCCUGCCAUAUUUGCUAAUUCUAUGGAUUUCCUUUCUUCUGGACUCUUCUGGACUCCAACUCAGUGAGGGUUUGUAGGAGAGGUUACUGUUUGUGUUUACAGGUACAAUAAAGACUUGUGUUGUUGCCGCAGACUGUUGGUUUUAAAAUAGGGCUAUGCAACAAGACGACACUUCAUCUGGCCUGUAGCUUUACCCUAUGGACGCUCCAGGUUCAGACUUUAGUGUGACUGCGACAAGUUUUACAUUUCUCUAUGAAAAGUUGUAAAUUGUAAAUGUAUCUAAUGAUGUACACUUAACUGACAACACACCCUGAGGCACAAAUGCUGUCCAAGCUGAUAUAUGUGAAUCACAGGGCAUUUGUGAAGUUGGCAAGUUGACUGCAUGCCACCUACCCAGAUAGAACCUCCCGAAAUAUAAAACUUUGUUCUUUCCAGACUUGGGUUGAGUUGUGUUUUUGAAUAGCUUUUGAUGCUUUUUAAAUUUGCUCGGAAAGCCAGAUGAACGGGAAUGACAGAGUGGGUUUAGUGCUCAAUGACAAAAGGAUGAACGAACCUUUGUGGUACGAGUGCAGCUCUACAUGAGUCUAAAGGUCCAGCAGUUUGUCCCUAAGAGCUGAGCUGGACACCACGCUGUAUGUUUUUUGGGAAUACGCUUUCCCACUGGGCAUGACAUAUCUACUUAAAAACCCCUCAUAUUUCAUUCUUUUGUUGUGUUUUACACAUCCUAUGAAAAGACCAAAGCCAACAAUAUGUGAAUAUCUCUCACUAUAUAAUACAUUUUUAUAUUUUAUAUUCCCCUGUCCUCCCCUUUUUGCAAUUUUUUUGCCAACAACAGUAAAUGAUAAUCUUCCCAGGGAUUAAAGACUGAAGUUGACUCUCUAGAAAAUCAAUUUGUUGAGCAUUGUUUCCACCUGUGGAUUGAUACUAAUUUGCUGCUUGUAUGGCAGCCAGUAGGUGUACUCUAUGUGCAUUGGCUUAAAAUUGAUCAUAAUCGCGAUGAUAAAGAAAUAAGGUACUACUCUGACAAAAUACAUCUUUAAAAUGUACAACCAAAUUCAAGUUACGUUUUAAAUUAUUCACAGUUAUUGUACCAUGAUACAAAACAGCUGGGUUUGGUGUUUUUUAGCAAACGUAAACUCAUAAUACAGGUGAAUACAGUUGUUUAAUGGAGAAUAGGUACAAGUUGUGUGGAUAUGUUUUUUAAUGUCCUAAUUAUGAGUGAGGAUAUU